AUUAGAGAUGGUAACAUCUAGCUGCGCAAAUACGCGGAUGGCCUUCCUAGUUAUGUACACAUAGGUGGGAUAAUAAACAUGUGAAACUCAAUUGCUUCAAAUUAACCAAAUAUAGAGGAGUGCUGAUAUGUCCAAAAAAUAGCUGGAGCCACCAGUUCAGAACUUCAGACAAACUUGUCAUUCCCUCCAAAUUUAGACUCCCAUUCAUCGCCACAAAUUUAGCUGGAAACCCAUGCACGCGACGCCCCCCUUUUAUCCUCUGCUUCCUCCGCAUGCCUCAAAUUUUAGCGCAUUUCCAAUCGCCGAGCCUCCAGGGUCCCCGAUUCCGCUCCGACCGCCGUGCCGCAUUUCAAGAUCAAGCCGUACGUUUAAUCCGGCGGCGGCAUCGAGAUGCAGCAAGUCCGGCCGGACGUGGAGCACCAGGUCGUCCAGCUCCGGGGGGAGCUGCGCAAGGUGCGCGACGAGCGGGACCGCGCGCACCGCGUCCUGGAGGUGACCGACGAGUGGAAGGCGCUGGCCUCGGCCACCGACCGCACUACGAUAGAGACGCUGGAGGCGGAGCUCAAGGCGUCGCGGGAAUCCGAGAAGCGGAUGCUCGACUCGCUGGCGCUGCAGACGAAGCAGCUCGAGCUCACCAAGAUAUCGCUCGAGGAAGCCAAGCUCGAGAUCGCGGCGCAGCAGGAUGCCGUCCGGAGGCUGGAGGCCGGCGCCCGGACUACCCCCGUGUCGACGCCGAGGAGCCGGCACGACCGCGACCUGCAGCGCGUCCACGGCGAGCUCCGGGUGGCGCUGGCGGCGGAGGAGAAGAGCAAGAAGGCCAUGGAGGAGUUCGUGAUGGCGCUCAAGGAGGUGAACGCGGAGCUGCACACGACGAAGCAGCAGCUGGCGCGCGCGCAGCACGAGGCGGAGAUGGGGCGGCUGGAGGCGGACCGGCUGCACAUGUCGGGGAAGCGCAAGGACGAGAGGCUCCAGGCGGUGUCGGACGAGGUGGCGCGGCUCCGCGGCGAGGCCGAGGAGUCGUUCGCGGCGUGGCGGGGCAAGGAGGCCGGGUUCACGGCGUGCAUGAAGUCGACGGAGGCGGAGCUCGCCGAGGCGCGGCGCGAGAACGCGCGGCUCCUCGAGUCGCAGCGGUCGUGGCGCGCGGAGGUGGCCAAGCUGCGGGACAUCCUGAAGCAGGCCGUCCGGGACACCAAGGUGGCCAGGGAGGCGCUGGAGGAGGCGAGGGGCGAGAACGCGGUGCUCAGGGCCAUGGUCGGCGACAAGGACACCGCCGUGAAGCGCACCAAGCAGGAGCUGGAGUGCCUCCGCAUCAGCGAGGCCGCGGCGCGGGACAGCGUCAAGGAGCUGCAGAGCAUGCUCGUGGCGACGGCGGCGAGCCCCACCGCCGCCGCUGCCGGGAAGCCGGAGCCCGAGGAGAGCCCGUCGCCGCGCGUGCGGGUGGGACCGCCGGGGCUGGAGAAGUACCCGUCGGACUCGAAGAUCAGGCCGCCGGCGGGGGUCACGCGGCCGCGGCGGAUGUCGGAGACCUUCGAGGGGUCGGCGUACGAUAUCUUCGGCUCGAUGGACGAGCAGAAGAGCGGCGACCUGGGCGUGUUCGCGGGCAUGCCGAGGCUGCCCGGGCGGCGGCGGGUGGUGCUGCGCAAGGUCGGUAGCUUGUUCCGGUGGAAGAGCUUCACCAACAAAUAGCUACUAGCCGGCCGGCCGCUGGAAAUCAUGGGGGGGUUGGGGUAAUUUGCUCUUGGAUUCUGUUUGGUGUAUAUUAUUACUAGUACAUAACUGUAUACUUGUGACAUCUCGAAAUUGACCAGUGUAUACUACA